AUAGUAUAAAUUUACAACUUAUAUUUGAACGCAUCCUACUCCUUGCUUAUGGCAGUCUUUAGAUAUCUCUGGCAUAGUGGACGCCUUUCCUUUUCCGGUUCUGCAAUAAGCUGUAACCAUGCCGCUCGCAAUUGAUUUAUUGCACCCUUCCCCCGCGUCAGAGAAGAGGAAACACAAGUUGAAGAGGCUGGUGCCACAUCCCAACUCGUACUUCAUGGACGUGAAAUGCCCGGGCUGCUACAAAAUAACGACGGUGUUCAGUCACGCGCAGAGGGUUGUUGUUUGCGCGGGAUGCUCCACGAUCUUGUGCCAGCCCACAGGAGGUCGCGCUAGACUAACUGAAGGAUGUUCAUUUAGGAGAAAACAACAUUAAAAUCCUAGAGAGAGCCCUAUUAAUUUUAAGAUUUUAUCUUUAUUUCCGAUUGUCUGAAAGAGUGAUGUUUUACAAAUUGUUUAAUAUGGAUCCAUCAGAGCAUUACAAAUAAAGGCUUUUUCAAAGGA